AUGAAGAAGAAAGACAUGUAUCUCCGGCAUGCGCCCGAAGGAUACGGGGAAGAGGGAGAAAAGUUUUACCAAGCAUCUGUUCUCCUAGAGUCCAAUCACGGCUGCCAGUUCAACCUCACUGUCGACGUGGAGUAUGAUGCCCUUACUACGGAUUGGAUUUUCUGGGGCGACAUCAACAACAUCACAUUACGCGACUACAUGAGUUCAGAUCCUACCGUUCGAUUCAACGAAUACUGCCACGAGAGUGAGAUCAUGAUGAUGAGUACGCCGUGGUGGCCCAGGCAGAGCAUCACGCCAACCGACAGAUUCCUGGAAAACAUGACAAUGCUUGUAUAUGCAUGUCAUACAAGCCAUAGCAUGGCCAUCAUCCCAGCUCGUACCACAGCCGUAUGGGAUCCCACAUGGGAUGAAGGGACAUUGUCCGUCGAGUUCGACGAGGAUCUUUUUCACCAAACUCGCACGCCGCUUUCUUCGACCGUCGUUGACUUACUCGAACUACGCAAGAUUUAUACGGACAUCAAGUGGAGCGAUUUCGUUCCACAAAAGUCUAAAGCGUCAGAUUCAGAAAUCGAUUCAUAUGAUGUUCCCUUUGGGGGUGCAGCUGCGAUCUUAGGUGUACCGUACAAUUUCAGUAUCCCACGGAUGAUGGCGGAUUCUCAACUGCCUAUGGUCGCUGCUCAAUUUAGACGUCGUUUUUUCGCAGAAAUUUUUGGUGGUUCUAUGAAACGCACGAGAGUUUUAGAAAUGCGUGCUACGAGUGGUCAUCGACUCAAGUCUGUCCGCACAGUGCUAGUCAGCGGGCAAGCUGCGUGGAUUUUAUGUGUUCUGUUACUCACUUCUUGCUUCUUCUUCCUGGGAAUCCUCACGGAGACGCUAGCGGCUAAGACAACUCCAAAGCUUUACCAUGAUCCAGGUACACUUUUGGGCACAAGUAUCUGGGGCAGCGGUGAUGCGAUGGCGUUGCGUAGUUUCACCAAACUCGAUCUCGCCACAAGAAAGACGUUAAACGAAGAGCUUGCUGGAAAAGUCUUCAUUACCAAGCAGGGCAAGCUCCAAGAAGGUGAGGCUGUCAUCCAGGACGGUCAUAAGAAGUACCGCCCCAUGACAUCGCACCUGUGCUACCCGAGCUACGACUACGAAACCUAG